UGUUCACUUUUCUUUCCCACCCACUGAAGAAAAAAAGCUUCACAAUGAGCUCCAACGACAGAGAUCCUCACUGGUUUAACUCCCAACACCACUCGUUCUGGCCUAAUCCGUCUACUUACGAUCUUAACAGCAAGAUCAUGCUAGCCGCCGUGGCUUCUUUAUCCGGAGUUAUCCUCAUCGUCUUCGCUCUUCAUCUCUACGCAAGAUUCGUUCUCCGCCGCCGUAGAGAAGCUUUCCGUGGUCUCCCCGUCGUGUUCCGCCACUCUUUUGAGACGCCAAAGCGUGGCCUCAAUCCGGCAGUCAUCGCUUCUCUCCCUACUUUCACUGUUAGAACCACUGAUGGCGUGGCUACAUCCGCUACUGAAUGCGCAGUGUGUCUAAGCGUCUUAGAGGAGCAAGACACGGCAAGAGAGUUGCCCAAUUGCAAGCACGUCUUCCACGUUGACUGUGUUGACACUUGGCUCACCACUUGUUCCACUUGUCCUGUUUGUCGGACCGAAGUUGAGCCAAGACCGAGACUUGAGCCUGAGCCAAGGGAAGGACCAGUGGGUACUGCACCGCCGUUGUUGGAGGAAACCAGGCUGAAUUUGACAGUAGAAGCGGGGGCCUCUUCUUCCUCGGAUAACAAAACAGUUGCGUCCUCGGCUUCGCGAUUAAAUUCGUUUAGGAAGAUCUUGACAAGGGAAAGAUCUUCGAACAGGAUCAAUCAUUCUUGUGUUGACCAAGAUCGUGUAGCGGAUCUUGAGAGACAUUGAGUCGACAUAGAGAUACAUAU